GCUCCCAGCGCCCCAGGCCGGGCAGCCGCAGUCUGAGCUACCGCUGCCGACUCUCCUCCAGCCUGCAGAAGCGCAGCGGCUCGGGAUCGCCGUUAAUCGCAGGGAGCCGGAGCAGCUCAGCAUGGCUGGCCCGGCGUGGGCCGGGAGGAUGCGCUGAUCAGUCAGGGGUGGGAGGGCCGGGCGUGCUCGCUUGCUCUGUGGCGGCGCUUGGGGAGCAAAAGGGAGACGCCGCGGCGGUGCGCGUGAGGGAUGCAGGAGGCUGCGAUGUUGCUGGCCGCCGGGGGCUGCUUCCCUUCCCUUUCGCCGCUGCAGUAGUGCCCGCGUCCUCCUCCGCCACCUUCUACCUUGCAGAAGAAAAAGGGCCAUGUAACCGCCUCCCCGCAACCCGGGAUAGCCACCGAUUUCCCUUCUCUCCCCCACGCGCCGCCUGCCCUCUCCCCCAGCCCAGCUCUGCGCUCUCCGGCCAAGGCGCAACCAUGAAGAAGCAAUUCAACCGCAUGCGGCAGCUCGCCAACCAGACCGUGGGCAGGGCUGAAAAAACAGAAGUUUUGAGUGAAGAUCUCUUGCAGGUGGAAAAACGUUUGGAGCUGGUGAAGCAGGUCUCCCACAGCACACAUAAGAAGCUGACAGCCUGUCUUCAGGGACAGCAGGGGUCAGAUUCUGAUAAGCGCUCGAAGAAAUUACCUUUGACGUCACUUGCCCAAUGCUUGAUGGAAGGUUCCGCCAUUCUAGGGGACGACUCCCUACUUGGGAAGAUGCUGAAGUUAUGUGGGGAAGCAGAGGACAAGCUAGCUCAAGAGCUCAUCCACUUCGAGCUGGAAGUUGAAAGGGAUGUGAUUGAACCUCUGUUUGUAUUGGCUGAGGUAGAAAUCCCAAAUAUCCAAAAACAGAGGAAGCACUUAGCAAAAUUAGUUCUGGACAUGGAUUCCUCAAGGACAAGGUGGCAGCAGUCAGCCAAGUCUUCAGGAUUGUCAAGCAACUUGCAGCCUUCGGGUGCCAAAGCGGACGCUCUCAGGGAAGAGAUGGAGGAGGCAGCAAACAGAGUGGAGAUUUGCAGGGAUCAGCUCUCAGCUGAUAUGUAUAAUUUUGUGGCCAAAGAGAUAGACUAUGCAAACUAUUUUCAGACUUUAAUAGAAGUGCAAGCCGAGUACCACAGGAAGUCAUUAGCACUUUUACAGAACGUAUUGCCUCAGAUCAAAGCACAGCAAGAAGCUUGGAUUGAAAAGCCCUCCUUUGGGAAACCCCUGGAGGAUCACUUAGAAGUCAGCGGCCGGGAGAUUGCCUUCCCCAUCGAAGCAUGUGUCACCAUGCUCCUGGAAUGUGGCAUGCAGGAGGAGGGCCUGUUCCGCGUGGCUCCCUCUGCCUCCAAACUAAAGAAGCUUAAGGCAGCUCUUGACUGUUGUGUUGUGGACAUUCAGGAGUAUUCAGCAGACCCUCAUGCCAUUGCAGGAGCACUGAAGUCCUAUCUGCGGGAACUGCCAGAACCACUCAUGACAUUUGAACUAUAUGAAGAAUGGAUUCAAGCCUCCAACAUCCAAGACCAAGACAAGAGGCUGCAGGCUCUGUGGAAUGCCCUGGAGAAGUUGCCCAAGGCCAGCUACAACAAUCUAAGGUACCUGAUCAAAUUCCUUGCGCACUUAACAGAGUACCAGGAUGCAAACAAAAUGACACCGAGCAACAUAGCAAUUGUGCUGGGGCCCAACCUUCUGUGGCCUCAGGAAGAAGGAAACAUCACAGAGAUGAUGGCGACGGUUUCCCUGCAAAUCGUUGCCAUUAUUGAGCCCAUUAUACAGCAUGCAGAUUGGUUCUUUCCAGGAGACAUUGAAUUCAACUUGACCGGGAACUAUGGCAGCCCUGUGCAUGUGAACCACAAUGCCAAUUACAACUCCAUGCCAUCGCCUGAUAUGGACCACGCUGACCGCAAGCAUCCAGAUCAGACCCGGCGACCGCUCAGUGUGGCCACUGACAACAUGAUGCUGGAGUUCUACAAGAAGGAUGGCCUUAGGAAAAUCCAAAGCAUGGGCGUCCGGGUGAUGGACACCUCUUGGGUGGCUCGCAGAGGCACCUCCAUAGUUCGUAAGGCAUCCUCCACCCCUCCUGCCAUGCAGCCCCCUGCUCCGCCUUCCGAUCUUGCAGCUACUCCUCAGUCACCAAUUCCUGAGCAAUCUCUUGACAUUUCAGCUACUCCCUCCCCUACUCCAACUAGCUUCGGUUUCCCACCAGGGGCUGAACGGGCAAGCACGGAUGGUGUGUCGUCUAGUUGGUCGGAUUCCUGUUACAUCUACCCAUCCCCUGAGGACGACAAGCCUCCCCCAUACCCUUGCUACCCAUCCUUUCACCAUUACCACUCCAAGACUAGUCCAUGCACUAGGCCCGAGCCUUCCUUGCCACUCUACCGGUGGUCAGGGUACAGCCAAACUCUGCCUCCCCCUUCUUCAUCCUCCUCUUCUUCCUCCCCUUCCCCUCAGCAGCUUGACAUUAACUCUAACCCUAAACCAUAUUUCCUGCACAUCCCAAAGCAGAAUUCCCUCACAGAGUUGCAUGGUCCUGAGACUAACCUCUCCUCCGUCUACAUGAAGACCCCCCUCACCUUAUCCAAACCCGAUCCUCCUGGCACUCCUUACAGCUCCCAUAUGUCAGUUUCUUCCCCCUGGGUCAGCUGCACCUGUGCCAGAGACAGAGGAGCCGGGCUCUCUAGCGCACUAAAGGCCAAGGAGCUCUCUCCUGGGUCUGGGCAGAAAGGCAGCCCAGCUUGUGGUCAUGUGACACCGUGUGGGACUGCACAACAGCCACCUGGUCCCACACAGCAGCUGUCCACAGAGCAGAGCCCACACACUCUGCGAAAAGUUUCAAAGAAGUUGGCCCCAAUCCCUGCCAAGGUUCCUUAUGGCCAGUCAGGCGGUAUGUCCGACCAGUCCACGGGGCAGCCAUCCCCUGCCAGCCUUUCUCCCACCCCACCGAGCACACCAUCACCCUAUGGACUGAGUUACCCCCAAGGCUACUCCCUGGGCUCGGGCCCACUCUCCCCAGCUGCUGCUCCUUCCCUGUCUUCUCCUCCUUCCCUGACGAGCACUUUAACCAAAACUCGACCCACCCCUAAGCCACGACAGAGGCCCACGCUGCCACCUCCACAGCCUCCCACGUCAAAUGCAUCUGGCUCUAGUCCGCAGUCCGUGGAACACACCAUACUAGACGGCAUGUCCCCUGGCGAGAGCAUGUCCACAGGAGAUUCGCAUAACCAUGAUGGUGAGGCAGCAACUAGCCACGCUCCAUUUUUGUUUAAAAAAUAAAUCUUAAUACUUUAUGGCGCUUGACACACAUUUAUUUCUCAAGUAGCAAGUGGUUGCCUCUUAAACAGGACAGAGAGGAGAGACGAUAUCAUGCUGUCCAAGAGCAGCAGAGCAAGUAGAAAGGGAUUCUAUGCAUAGCACUGUGUUGUGGCAAGGAACAGCCUCCAGUACAGGGCCUUCAUCUGCAACUUCUGAUCACUGCCCCCAGUGACCUUCAGAACAGCAGGGAUGUGGAUGCUGAAGUUCUUCUGGGUGAUUGGAACGGAGCAGAUGAGCUGAACUAAAAGAAAUGAUGUGUGUGUUUGUGAUUAUUUUAUUGUCUCAUAAUUUAUGAGUAUUUUAUUAAACAUGGAAAGGCAGGAUAUAAAUAUAACAAAUAACUGCUUGCUGCUUCAGAUGGACCUCAGGGGCAUACAAUGAAAGUGAAAGCUGAUGAUUCUACAGACCUUAUUCAUUAGGAAUCUACCUGACGGCCUUUCCAGACACUAGGCAUAUUGCACUGCUGUCACUAAUCCUUUGCUCCUCAGAGGAACUGCUCUGCUGUCCCGGCAUGCUCUGCUGUCACCAGCAAGUCUCUGUUUUGUAGCAUUUAGACGACCAAGUGCAGUGACUUGGAAACAGCCAUUCUGUGGCAAGUGCCGCUAUCACCUGUGUUUUGCUGAGGGCAUGAUGAUGGUGCCGGUAUCAUGGGCAUGUGGAUUACUCCUGGAUGUGUUGCAAGCCUCCCCUCUGCAUAACUGUGCCUUUUUAGAUGAUAUGCCAUUUGACCAAAAAACAUUUAUCCUCUCCUUAUCCCCCACCCCACCCCUUUAGGGCUACACAUUCAUAAUCUCCAAUGCUGAAGUGCACAUUUCCAGCAGUUACAAAGUAAACAGUCCUAGCAGCAAGGUGUCUGCCCAAUAGCAAAGUUGGGACCACUGCUUUGGGUUGUGUAUGGAAGGGGUGGCUCUUGGUAAUAUAUAAAGGAAAUAAAUAAUAUUGCCCUUGGAAAACAGUGUCUGGAAAGGCCUUUUGUAUCUCUACAAACAAUAUCUGGCACUUUUGCCCAAACUUGAGAGCUUCAAAUCCAGUUAGAAACAUAGAAGCAGAAUGAAAUCAGUCCACUGGGUGUAUAUCUGAUCACCUCCAUCUCUCUUUGGGUCAGAGACUGUUCCCUGGGUUUCCAUAUCUGCAUGGCUGCAGCUUCUGCUCUGGGGAAUGCUGGUAUGCCUUGGCAAUCGGUCUCCCAGCAGAGGUACCCCAAGCAAGCAGGUCAAAGCCAGGGACGAUGGGCACACAGAGGGGAUCUCUAACCCAUCUCUGCUGCCCUGUGACCACAUUCCAGGUUGAUCUCUGUUUACCUGAAGGCUUGAAAUAUCUCUGUGACCUUCCAAACAGCAGGGAUGUGGAUACUGAAGCCCAUUCUGGGAAGGGGCCUGGAAAUGGGAGGUGAUGGCAGCUGCAGGGUGAGCCGUAAAUGACCAAUCUUCCUGUAUAAUC